AAUUUAUGACGAAGUUAACAAAAUAACAACAUUUCCACGUCUUUUGUGUAAUUAUAGGAAAUUUGGUCAGUUGAUUUUGUUUUGAGAAGUAUUAAGGUAUGUCCAGGUACCCGAAGAAUUCUAAUCCUUUCGAGGAUGACGACGAAAUUGAUGACUUUACGUUUGUCAACAAACCCAACUCGUCAGCAGGCAGUGGAAAAACUGGCUAUGGCAGACGUGAAGAGGAUUAUGGAAGUCGACAAAGACAGUUGUGGGAUGAGGCCAGCGCUUCUGAAGAUCGUCAGAUGGAUAGUACAAGACGAGCUCUUGCUAGUAUUCACCAAUCUGAAGAGAUAGGAAUUGCUACAGCUGAAGAACUUGUCAGACAAGGAGAAGUUUUGGACAAUAUUGAAACUAAAACGGGUGGAAUCAACCAGAAUCUCAAAUCAACUCAGAAACAUUUAAACUCUAUUAAAAGUGUUUUUGGUGGUUUUAAAAAUUGGUGGAAUGGAACAGACAGUACUGGACCUAAAGAACCUGUCGAGUCCACACGGAAAUUGAAACAGACAGUGGAACGAGAGAAAGAGUACACAGCUCAAUCCAGUUCCUUGACUGGCUCUAAACUACGGAGUGGAGAUGUCAGUGGUUUCUAUGACACAGAAAAUGAUCUAGACUCUAAAUUUCUGGCCGGUUCUCGUCAUGGAAACGAAAGAAUGUUUGAACCUGUUACUAAUAGUGCAAGAGAACAAGAAAUUGAUGAGAAUUUAGGGUUGAUGUCGUCUGGUAUGGCCAGAUUAAAAGUAUUAGCGAUGGAUAUGGGAGGGGAGAUAGACUCUCAGAAUGAACAGUUAGAUCGUAUUGACAGGAAAGUUGUAAUAGCUGAUUCGAACAUUCAAAAUCAAAAUAAACAGAUGAGAAAAAUUCUGAAAUAAUGUGAAAAAUGAAAAGUGUUACAGGUGUCUAAUCAGUGUUAUUAACUUAGAGCAGUGUUUCACUUUGGUAUACACUAACUCAGAAACAGAGAUUUUUUAGCUAAGUUAAUCAAUAAUAGUGUUCACAACUCACUGUCGAAAUUUGAACCUUCAAAUCCAAUGUUGUCCAGAAUUAUCCGCAUUUGAAAGUUAAAAUGACGACUCGUCUUUUCUUGAGACACUGUGAUAUAUAGAAAAUACAUCUAUAGAAAUAGAAAGUAAAAUUCCUAGUUUGAGGUGUAUUUCAAAUGGCGCACUUGUCCCUUGCUUUAAGCCUUCAAAUCCACGUGUGUCCAGAAUUAUCUACGUUUGAAAGUUAAAAAGACAACUUGUCUUUUCUUUACACUCUACUAUAUAUAUAGAAAUGUAUUAUCUAAUCAGUGUUAUAGGCUUAGAGCAGUGUGUCUAGUUUUUUAAUUUCCUACAUACUUUCUGAUGUUUUACCUUGCAAUUCAACUAAAACAGGUUAUUUAAAAUCAAAAUGUGAUUUAGUGAAUUAAACAGUUGAAUAUUAAAGAUGAUAAAAGUAAUAUCUUUCAGUGUUCUGCAGUGAUUUAUCGUGUUACGGUGGGGGAUUAUCUGUACAGUAGAAAAUAGAAGUGAAUCCUGCCCAUAUCAUGUUCCAACCCUUGCGCACACCUUCUAGUUAUUUGAAUAUAAAACUGUCUCUAGACUCUAGAGUAUAAUUUAUUGAUGUAUAAUUAUAUUUUAUCUCUAUGUGUCUGUGUCAUCUAUUAAAUUUUUUUUUGUAUU